GGCACUCCCAGGGGGACACCAAGCGAGCAGGUCGGAGCUAUGGACUCCGCCAGGACAGCGGGUGCCCCAGAGGGGACAUGGAGGCUGGGCUGGCGGCUGAUCCUGCUGUGGCUGCUGCUUCGAGAAGGAGCACAGGCCCUGGAGUGCUACAGCUGCGUGCAGAAGGCAGAUGACGGCUGCGCACGGCACAGGAUGAAGGUGGUGAAGUGUGCGCCCGGUGUGGACGUCUGCACGGAGGCUGUGGGGGCCGUGGAGACGAUCCAUGGGCAAUUUUCGGUGGCAGUGCGGGGCUGCGGCUCAGGACUUCCUGGCAAGAAUGACCGCGGACUGGACCUCCACGGGAUUCUGGCCUUCAUCCAGCUGCAGCAAUGCACCCAGGACCGCUGCAACACCAAGCUCAACCUCACCUCUCGGGCGCUCACACCGGCAGGCAAUGAGAGUGCUCCUCACCCCAAUGGUACCGAGUGCUACAGCUGCGUGGGACUGAGCCGGGAGGCAUGCAAGGGUACUGCGCCUCCUGUCGUGAGUUGCUACAACGCCAGCGACCGUGUCUACAAGGGCUGUUUUGAUGGCAACGUCACUCUGACGGCAGCUAAUGUGACCGUGUCUUUACCUGUCCGGGGCUGCGUCCAGGAUGAGCUUUGCACUCGGGAUGCUGUGACCGGCCCAGGGUUCACGCUCAGUGGCUCCUGCUGCCAUGGGUCCCGCUGUAACUCGGACCUGCGCAACAAGACCUACUUCUCCCCCCGCAUCCCACCUCUGGUCCUGCUGCCGCCUCCUCAGGCCACCACGGAGGCCCCCACCACCCCGGCCCCCACUACUCCGGCCACCACUUCCACCCCCGCCCCCACCACCCCGACUCCCACCUCGUCGUCUCAACCCACCCCAGCCCGUACCAGGCAGACGCCUCCACAGGAAGUGGAGCCCGAGGUCUCCCGGAAAGAAGAAUCGAGCUUGGCAGGCGGGGCUGCUGGCCACCAGGAGCGGAGUAACAUUGGCCAGUACCCCGAUAAAGGUGGGGCCCCCAACAAGGGCUUGGCAACUUGCUCUUCCCAGCUGGCGGCUCUCGUGUUGGCCGUGGCUGUGGGUGCCCUGUUAUGA